CUCCGCUCGUGUAUGCUUGAAUACAUGCCUAUAAUGCUUUGGUACCCGGAGUAAUCAAUUUCAGGCCGAUAUAUCAGGUGGCAUGUUUUGUGUCAAAGCUUCAUUCUACGGGAUCAUAAUUUUGGCCUUGGGAAUGUGAGGAUUCUGCCGCUAAUAAUUGCUUGCAAUGUCGGUGAAUACAAGGAUGGGCUACAUUGCCAUCUCUGACUCGACUAAAAAUUCGGUACCGGAGGCAAGACGGCGCCUGUCGACUCGGACUUGGUUCUUUUGGUGAGGGGACUACUACUUUGGACUUGCAUGGGGUGUCGCCAUCACCACUUGCUGUUAUUUCUGACUCGUACAUUCGGUCCCGCAAAUGAAUAAAUAACAGCCUUCAUUACCAUCCCUCACAGAUUCAAUACACCGAUUGCAAUUUACUUACUGCUCACAAUGCCCUUUCUCAGCGGUCGCGGAUACACCUCAGAAUUAAAGGUCGUCCAGCUCAAUACCGCAAUUGCCUACCUCCAGGCCGUCAAAGAGACCUUUCACGAUCAGCCUGCCGUCUACACCCACUUUUCGGCGCUGUUGCAGAAUUCGUCAGUCAUAAUUCAUACUCUUGUGUCAUUCCGUGACCGACAGCUCUUCGCAAAGUGAGGGUUACGAUGUGAUCAUGUCGACAGCGGCGACACUCUUUCGUGACUAUCCUCACCUCAUUGAAGCAUUGAACCCUUUCCUUCGAUCUCCCUGUCUCGUGGAGUACAAUGCAAGGACCCGCCUCACAACAAUUACCAGCUCCAGUGGCAUAAAAUACCAGAUUUGAGUGAAUGUUUGACAAGGGUACAUUUCUAUCCAUCCAGCGCAUACAACAUAUAAUUGUACAGUAGUGUCC